UGCAGCUGCUCGGCAAGAAGUGAAAGUAGCGCUUGAAACGCGCCCGCCGCCGCCCCGGGUCCUAAAGCCCGCCGGGAGACGACGAGGGGAGCGCCUUCCCCUGCAGCCGCCUGGCCGUCCGGGCGGCGCUUUCCGGGCGAUGCUUUGCAAGCUGAGCGCUCGCUUCGACCCUUCCCGGGACGUGGGACCUUGGCUUUCGGAGCGGCCGGGGCGAGAGGGCAGCGCAGAUGCUGGGGGAAAUCAUUCGGAAACACUGCAUAUAAUAAAUGUGGAAAGAAAUGGAAAUGUUCUUUAUACUUGGAAGGGCCCCAGGGAAUAUACCAAUGUUGGAUUGUAUGAUAAUGAUAAUAAAAAUAACCAGCACUUGUACACUUUCGAAAAAGACCUGUGUGUGAUCAGCUGCUCCGUCAAUCAUGAAAAGACCUUGUUGGCCAUCAGCUUUCUUCAGACAAGACAGGAAGAGAGAAAACUCCUUUUUCAAACAGUUCCUAAAUGCCUGACCUUGCUAAUUGAAAUUCACCCGCUUAAUAAUGUGAAAGUUUUAAAGGCGGUGGAUAGCUGCAUCAGAGUCCAAUUCCUAUAUCCCCUUACGGAGAAAAAGUCAUCGUCGGAUAGCUGCCUCUUACUCAUUUCAGAAGAUAAAUAUGCCGAAAAAUUGGACAUCAAAACUGUCCGAGAAGGAGACAGAGUGACGAUUGAAAAUUCGAACCGGCUUUUGAAAGAAAGAAUUGUUGAUGAUCUCAUUUGGUCCCAGUGGGAUAUGGUGGAACAAAGACUAUUCUACAUUGUCACAAAGGAAGAAGAAAGGGACACAUUACAUUGCAUCCAAUUUUAUCCCGACAAAGACGCUAAACUAAUACUUGAAGCACCUUUGGAGAUCUCCAUGGCUGACAUAAGAUUAAGAUCUGUGAACUUGAAUUACAGCUAUUACCAAGACCAAGAAACGAUACCCAAACCUUUGGAUCUACACAUAUUUACCAGUGACACAGGAAGUUUAUGUUUGUGUUACAGUUUGGCUGAUACGAAUUCCAAAGAAGUGUCUUAUUCCGUGGCUUUUCUACAUAAAGGUUAUAGUAAAACAUAUAUCGUCACUUUGGAAGAGAGGAAUUCUCCACAAAUAAAGGAGCUGGUUUUUUUGGAUCUUGGCUCUUACGUGGCUGUGUAUUUACCUGGACAAUUCCUGCAUCUUCUGGACACCCAACAUCCUUCCUUAAUCUGCCACAGUUUCUUUUUAUCAGGUGAAGAAGCAAAGAUUAACCCACUAAACGCUGACACCGUCUUUUCCCCAGCCAAAUCGAGCAUCUUGGAUCGCCGCACCGGGAAAAUAUUUACCGUGGAAAUGAGCCCGGAGGCAUUGCUACAAUUUUUGUGGAAGAGCAAGUCGGAUAACGACCAGUUAGCAGCCUUGCACUGUCUCCUACUACAUGUCGGAAGCACGGAGGAGUUAGAAGACCAGAUCAUCCAGUGGCUUUCCGAGAACGCAUCAAGUUGUUUUGCAUUUGACCCUAUACAAGAAGUAAUCAUUGCUUCUUUACACUGGAAAUUGUGCCUGGAAUCCAGCCACCUGGAUAAGCUUUUACUGUAUACGUCACUGCCGAACUGGAAGAAGGAUAUUCCUGGAAUUCUGUGUGAAAUGUACUUCAUCUCGUUACCCUCUUUAAAGGUGCGAAACUGCAAAGGUUUCUGGGAAAAGUUAAACCUGUACCUGGAAUAUGUGAAAUAUUUUGAACCGCCUCUGGAUUUCAGCCACAAAGUGCUACGGAGGGAGUGGUUUAAACUGCUUUCCGAUGAGAAGACAGCGGCGAGAACAUCUUACCUCAAAAGUAUAUUUGAAAACACAAAAAAGGUGCUUUCCAGUUUACAUACGUGGGAAACAGAAGAAAGAAUAGCUCCUCUUUUUCAAGAUGAAGAUUACCAGCAAAGCUUGUUAACAGGAUUGAUGGUGGCACAACUGAAAGAGCAUCUCCUAAGACCCCUGCGGUACGUUGGCCAAAAAAAGAUUGAUCAGAUAGCUGUGGAUUAUGUUUCAAAACUGCUGGACCUAAUCUGUCGGAUGAUGGAGAAUGUUCAGAGGAAAUGCAGUCCUAGUUCCUUGUCCUUCUCGUGCAGGCAACCAGAGAAAGCAAACGAGGUCAUCGUGUUCCAUAUCAUGUGUCGGAUUCUGCAGGCAGCCAGCGGGAUGUGUCUGCCUCUGCCCCCAGGAUUCCACACUCGGCACCUGGAAGUGGGGAUGAGAUGCUUCCCUUUGCACACGGUCCUGCAGUACAUUGACCACGGAGUUCUGCAUCUAACAGAAAAGUACGUCCUGAAUCUUUGGAAAGAAUCAGACAACACCGAACAGAACAUGAAGCUCAAGUUAAGUAUCCUGGCAAGGCUUCCCCAGGCAAUUGGUGGCAAAGUUUGCCAGCUAUGGAACCAUCCUUUAAGCACCAGUGCGAUUGCAAGGAACUACGUCAAACUCUUGUUGGAGAAACUCCGCAGUGAACAGUACAAUAUACCAUUUACGGACAGAAUAUCAACCCGAAUUGAGUUUCUCCCACUUAACUAUUUGGUGACUACCAUAGUAGAGAUGGAACGUCAAGGAUGGGCAGCUUCUCUGGAAGAAACCAACAUGAACGCAAGAAUGGUUGAAGAGGUGGCACUGAAACACACUACAAUGCUGUUAGGCCUUUUUUAACGAACCACGACAAAAUUAUGAAUCCAGUAGCGUCAGAAUCUUGAAUUUUGUGCCUUUUAACAUACAGAAUUCCACAGAAGACAAUGGAUACGAAGCUGCAAUAUUACAUCUGAAAGAAAUAUCACAACCUCUGUUUACUGCUGAGUUCAUUUAAAAGCCAGUCAUUAGACUGGCUUUUAAAAACGGCCUACUAUUGGAUGUGCAAAUUGUUCUGAAUGCAAAAUAUUUUACGUUCAGAUGCUCUCUUUUUUUUUCAUUUUCAAACCUCCCCUGGAAAUGGCUUGUUCCAAAUAUGAAAAAAAAAAAACUUUUUUUUUAAUUAGAAAAAAGGGUGUUUUGGAAUUCAGAAUAGAGUCCGUGCUUCAAAUGUUUUGUGCCUCGUUACCAUAGGUGCACUGAAAUAUUCUUAAAUGGAUUUUUUAUCAUCCAAUAUUAAAAUGAAUGGGAGUCGUCUCGCUGAAACAUUACAAGAAUGAACUUUAUUCAACGUGGUAUUUAUUGUUAAUAGAACAGGCCAUUGAGCCCCCACCCCCCCACCCCAAAGCAAUUGCGCUUCUGAGCAAUUGCAAAGGUAGGAUUAAAUAAUUCAGAAUAAAUGUUGGCAUCAGAUGUGCCGAUGUUAGCAUUUAAAUCCCUACCUAAACGAUUGAAUAAUACAACAGAGCAAUAAGGAGCUGGCAGCUAUUAUAUUAUGUAUAUAUGAGAUAAUACGAGUAUGAACAAGGUACUAUAAAAUAUUGCUAUUGAAAAACCGAAACUUUUCUGUAAAUGGAAAUAAAUGUAUAGAUUUGGAA